AUGUCCACAACGAAUAUUUAUUCGUUUUCACAACCAAUUAUUGUAGAAAAACCUUCUUCUUCUCUAUCGGAAACAAUACGUAAUCUCAUAUCAAAUGCAUUUGCACCAUUUCAACAAGAAUAUCGUCGUUGGCCAUGGUCACAAAUAGGAACAAUAGUUAUUGUAUGUAUUGGUUCUUAUACAGUCUAUAAAUAUUUACCUGGACCUUACCGACGUUAUUAUAUGUUAUCAACAAAGAAUUUUUCUUCUCAAUAUAAUAAAGCACUUCAUGUAGAAAAAGAAACACUUUUUAAUGAAUUAAAAAAUGUAAAGGCAAGAGAAGAAGGAAGAACAAAAAUACAAGUAGUAGAAAUUGGUGCUGCACAUGGUGCUAAUAUGGCAUAUUAUCCUCCAAAUAUUAUUGAACUUAUUUGUGUCGAACCAAUACGAGAAUUUGAAGUCUAUUUAACACAAACACUUGGACGAAAUCCUCAUGUCAAAUGUAGAGAAUUAUUAGUAGGUGGUGCUGAAAAUCUUUCUGUUAUUCGAGAUAAUCAAGUCGAUGCUGUUGUAUCAACAUUAACAUUAUCUUCAUGUAAAAAUGUUCAUCAAGUAUUACGUGAAAUUCGUCGAAUACUUAAACCUGGUGGUAUUUUUCUUUAUAUGGAAAAUAUUCGUUCACCAAAUCCUUUUCUUGCCUUUAUUCAAUAUCUUUGUUCACCAAUGUAUAAAUUUUUAUUUGGUAUUUCAUUAAUAAGAAAUAUUCCUGAAUAUAUUGAACGAGCACAUUUUUCUGGUGGUACAACACAACGUAUAUUUGUUGCACGUGGUAUUCCAUUUCUUUUAAGUCCUCAUGUAUCGGGUAUUGCUCGAAAAUGA